AUGGCCGCGUCCGAGGACGGGAGCGGCUGCCUUGUGUCGCGGGGCCGCUCGCAGAGUGACCCCAGCGUCCUCACCGACGCCUCGGCCACCUCCUCCGCGGACGCCGGGGAGAACCCAGAUGAGAUGGACCCCGCCCCCACAGUGCGCGCGGAGCACCUGGUCUCAGGGACACGGACGCCCCCCGUGCGCAGGAACAGCAAGCUGGCCGCCCUGGGCAGGAUCCUCAAGCCCUGGAAGUGGAGGAAGAAGAAAAGCGAGAAGCUGAAGCACACGACGUCCGUGCUGGAGAAGAAGGUGGCGGGCCGGCAAGGGCGGGAGGAGCUCAUCAAGAAGGGGCUGCUGGAGAUGGUGGAGCAGGAUGCUGAAAGCAAGGUGGGCGGCCCCGACGGAGGCCCCCGUGCAACGCAGAGCGAGCCCUGCACGCCCCGGCAGGAGUCCCCGACGCCGGAGGGUGCCCCGCCGGGGAGACCGCUGGCCGCCGGGACGGACCAGGCGUUCCCGGAUGAGCCGCAGCCCUCGGACCGCCGCUCGGAUGACGCAGCCAGGACACCCUCAGUCUCCAGAGGUGAAGAAGCAGACGCUGCCGGCAGCCUUGCGCCUCCUGCGGGCGAGGCACCCCAAGCCUUAGCUGGGUCCGACUCCCUGGACAGUCCUCCCAGGACCCUGGAGAGGUCCGUGGGCCAGCUCCCCAGUCCCCCGCUGCUGCCCACCCCACCGCCCAAGGCAGGCGCCAAGGCCACGAAAGGUGUCACAGGCCAGGCUGUGCUCCUCCCAGACGCCGGUGGGAAGACCGUGGACCCGCCCCUCCGGGGACAGCUCUCCACGCCCACGGGGUCCCCGCACCCCGCCACCGUCCACCGGCCGCUGCCCCCGAGCCGCGUCAUCGAGGAGCUGCACCGGGCGCUGGCCACCAAGCACCGCCAGGACAGUUUUCAAGGGAGGGACAGUAAAGGGUCCCCAAAGAAGCGGAUGGACGUCCGCCUGUCAAGAACGUCCAGCGUGGAGCGGGGCAAGGAGCGGGAGGAGGCCUGGAGCUCCGACGGGGCCUCAGAGGGCAAGCGGGCGGCGGCCAAGGACUCGGAGGAGAACAAGGAGAACUUGCUCGUGAGCACGGGACUCGAGGACGACCUGCUCCUGUACCAGGACGAGGAGGCGCUGAACGACUCUGUCAUCUCCGGGACGCUGCCCAGGAAGUGCAAGAAGGAGCUGCUGGCCGUGCGGCUGAGGAACCGGCCCAGCAAGCAGGAGCUGGAGGACCGCAACAUCUUCCCCCGGAGGACGGACGAAGAGCGGCAGGAGAUCCGGCAGCAGAUCGAGAUGAAGCUCUCCAAACGCCUGAGCCAAAGACCUGCCGUGGAAGAGCUGGAGAGGAGAAACAUCCUGAAACAGAGGAACGACCAGACGGAGCAGGAGGAAAGGCGAGAAAUCAAGCAAAGGUUGACGAGAAAGCUUAAUCAAAGGCCUACAGUUGAUGAGCUAAGAGACAGAAAGAUCCUGAUACGGUUCAGUGACUACGUGGAAGUGGCGAAAGCCCAGGACUACGACAGGCGGGCGGACAAGCCCUGGACGCGGCUGUCGGCGGCAGACAAGGCAGCGAUUAGGAAAGAGCUCAACGAGUACAAAAGUAACGAGAUGGAGGUGCACGCGUCGAGCAAGCAUUUGACCAGAUUCCACAGGCCAUAGAGAUUUUCUUCUGAGAAGAAUUUGUGUUUAAUUUUUGAUACCAACACUGAACACUCAUCAGGGAACUUUCCUGAAGCUCCGCUCGACUCCCCGCCAUGUUGCGAGAAGAGCGGACGGCGGCCCACGCAGGCGGGGUCCGGCGCACCGGUCUCGGGGCGACGCCAGGACACGCCCCUCUGGCAUCCGAGGGGUGGACCGACCGGGUCGGCCGAGACCCAGAGAACCUGCCGGAGGAAAGCGGUUUGCCCUCGAGCCUGGUUCUCCGUUCCGCGGCCUGGCAGAGGACGGGCGCCGUGCAUGUGCGGGCUCAGCGCCCGGGCCUUGGCGCGAGGGGCCUGUGACGCAGGCAUUGGGUGUUACGUUGAAGAGACAUUUUUCUUCUGAUUAUGGUUGAGUUGAGGACUCUUUAAGUUCAUGUUCCACAAAAUGAUUUACUGUAUUAUACUUUUCCUUUUUUAUAUAAUGUCUAACAA